UGGGCCAGGGAGGGGGGCCACCUCAGUCCCCGACAGGGGCAUUGGAAGGGCAGGUGGAGCCAGUGGCAUUGAUUGAAGUAACCUGAUCCCGUGAGGGAGGCGGCCACAGUGACAGCAGCGCAACGGCCAGCUGGGAGGAAGCUGCCUGCAGCUGAGGGCUGCGUUGGGAAGAGCUGGGGCUGGGACCCGGGUCGGCAGCUGCAGCCUCCUCUCCUGGCCUAUCUAUUUUUAAUGAGCUCCCCAGGCUUCUGCAGCGGGCAGGACGCAGAAAGACAGGCCCAGGCGGUGGAGGCCAGAGGCCCCCAGCCCUGCCCUGAGCCCUGGCCCCCGCACCCUUCUGGGCAUGAGAGGGCAGCCCUGGGGCCCCGCAGCCCCCCUGCCGGGCAGGGCUCUCCAUGCAGCUGGUGCUGAAGAUGGAUUCGAGCCCAGACAAUGACAGCUGGUUGGAGGAUCAAUGGGAGCGCUGGCUCACCCACGACAUCAGCCUGGAGGAGUUUGAGGAUGAGGACCUCUCGGAGAUCACUGAUGAGUGUGGCAUCAGCUUGCAGUGCAGAGACACCCUGUCCUUACGGCCCCCGUGCGCCGGGCUGCUCUCUGCGGGCGGCGGCGGCGCGGGGAGCCGGUUGCAGGCCGAGAUGCUGCAGAUGGACCUGAUCGACGCGGCGGGGGACACUCCCGGGGCCGAGGACGACGAGGAGGACGACGACGAGGAGCGCGCGAGGAGGACGACGUCGGGAGCGGGGCCGCCCAAGGCCGAGUCCGGCCAGGAGCCGGCGUCCCGCGGCCAGGGCCAGAGCCAAGGCCAGGGCCAGGGCCCGGGCAGCGGGGACACGUACCGGCCCAAGCGGCCCACCACGCUCAACCUCUUCCCGCAGGUGCCGCGGUCUCAGGACACACUGAAUAAUAAUUCUCUGGGCAAAAAGCACAGUUGGCAGGAUCGGGUGUCUCGAUCAUCUUCACCCCUGAAGACAGGGGAGCAGACGCCGCCACAUGAACACAUCUGCCUGAGCGAUGAGCUGCCCCCCCAGAGCAGCCCCGCCCCCACCACAGACCGGGGCACCUCCACCGACAGCCCUUGCCGCCGCAGCACAGCCACCCAGAUGGCACCUCCGGGGGGUCCCCCUGCUGCCCCGCCUGGGGGUCGGGGCCACUCGCAUCGAGACCGAAUCCACUACCAGGCCGAUGUGCGACUAGAGGCCACUGAGGAGAUCUACCUGACCCCAGUGCAGAGGCCCCCAGACCCUGCAGAGCCCACCUCCGCCUUCCUGCCGCCCACUGAGAGCCGGAUGUCGGUCAGCUCCGAUCCAGACCCUGCUGCCUACCCCUCCACGGCAGGGCGGCCACACCCCUCCAUCAGUGAAGAGGAGGAGGGCUUUGACUGCCUGUCGUCCCCAGAGCGGGCUGAGCCCCCAGGCGGAGGGUGGCGGGGGAGCCUGGGGGAGCCGCCGCCACCUCCACGGGCAUCUCUGAGCUCGGACACCAGCGCCCUGUCCUACGACUCGGUCAAGUACACGCUGGUGGUGGAUGAGCACGCACAGCUGGAGCUGGUGAGCCUGCGGCCGUGCUUCGGAGACUACAGUGACGAGAGUGACUCGGCCACCGUCUAUGACAACUGUGCCUCUGUCUCCUCGCCCUAUGAGUCGGCCAUCGGAGAGGAAUAUGAGGAGGCCCCCCGGCCCCAGCCCCCUGCCUGCCUCUCCGAGGAUUCCACGCCUGACGAACCCGACGUCCAUUUCUCCAAGAAGUUCCUGAAUGUCUUCAUGAGUGGCCGCUCCCGCUCCUCCAGUGCCGAGUCCUUCGGGCUGUUCUCCUGCAUCAUCAAUGGGGAGGAGCAGGAGCAGACCCACCGGGCCAUAUUCAGGUUUGUGCCUCGACACGAAGACGAACUUGAGCUGGAAGUGGAUGACCCUCUGCUAGUGGAGCUCCAGGCUGAAGACUACUGGUACGAGGCCUACAACAUGCGCACCGGUGCCCGGGGCGUCUUUCCUGCCUAUUACGCCAUCGAGGUCACCAAGGAGCCCGAGCACAUGGCAGCCCUGGCCAAAAACAGUGACUGGGUGGACCAGUUCCGGGUGAAGUUCCUGGGCUCAGUCCAGGUUCCCUAUCACAAGGGCAAUGACGUCCUCUGUGCCGCUAUGCAAAAGAUUGCCACCACCCGCCGGCUCACCGUGCACUUUAACCCACCCUCCAGCUGCGUCCUGGAGAUCAGCGUGCGGGGCGUGAAGAUAGGCGUCAAGGCCGAUGACUCCCAGGAGGCCAAGGGGAAUAAAUGUAGCCACUUUUUCCAGUUAAAAAACAUCUCUUUCUGUGGAUAUCAUCCAAAGAACAACAAGUACUUUGGGUUCAUCACCAAGCACCCCGCCGACCACCGGUUUGCCUGCCAUGUCUUUGUGUCUGAAGACUCCACCAAAGCCCUGGCAGAGUCCGUGGGGAGAGCAUUCCAGCAGUUCUACAAGCAGUUUGUGGAGUACACCUGCCCCACAGAAGAUAUCUACCUGGAGUAGCCGUGCAGCCCCGCCCUCUGCAUCCCCCGGCCCUCAGGCCAGUGCCAGGACAGCUGGCUGCUGACAGGAUGUGGCACUGCUUGAGGAGGGGCACCUGCUACCACCAGGGGAUGAGGAAGUGGGGGCUGCUGGCCCAGGGUAGGGGAGGGUGGGGCAAUGGGGAGAAGCAAAUGCGGUUUAUUGUAAUAUAUGGGAUUAGAUUCAUCUAUGGAGGGCAGAGUGGGCUGCCUGGGGAUUGGGAGGGGCAGGGCUUGGGGGGCAGGCCUCUGGCAGAGAAGGAUGUCCGUUCCAGGAGCACACGGCCCUGCCCCAUCCUGGGCCUUACCUCCCCUGCCAGGGCUCGGGCGCUCUGGCUCCUGCCUUGAUGAAGCCCGUGUCCUGCCUUGAUGAAGCCUGUGCCACCUGCAAGUGCCCACCCUGCCCCUGCCCCAACCCCCACCGAAAAGCCGUGAGCUCAGGCUGAGCCCAGCCACCUCCCAAGGACUUUCCAGUGAGGAAAUGGCAACACGUGGAGGUGAAGACCCCGUUCUCAGCUCCGUCAUUUGCGGGACUUUGGGUGGCUCCUGCCACUGACCUCACCGGCAUGCUGGCCUGUGGCAGGCCUAGGACCUCAGUGGGGAGGAGGAGCUGCCGCAAGGCCCUGUCCCAGCAGGAGGGAGGCUUCCUGACUGACACAGGCCAGCCCCAUCUUGGUCCUGUCACCCUGGCCCCAACUAUUAAAGUGCCAUUUCCUGUCUGGAC